GGGAGUCAGCUCAUCAUGGACACUGCCACGCUCACCAAGUGGGACAGCGGUCUCAAGGAGGUCCCAGGAGGGUCCUGGGGACGCUGGGGAUGGAGGCUUCUCUUCGUAGCCGUGUCGCUUAUGAUCGCCGCCGUCUUGUGGGCCCUUAUUCUGAGCAUCCUGCUUUCUAAGGCCUCCACAGAGCGCAGGGCGCUGCUCGGCCACCAGGACCUGCUGAGGACAAAUGCCUCGGAGCAGAACGCGGUGCUGGCUGCCUUCAAGGAGGAGGUCUCGUCCUGCAACAGCUGCUGCCAGGGGACGCAGGCGCAGCUGCAGACCGCUCGCACCGAGCUUGGGGAGGCGCGGGAAAAGCUGUUCCAGCAGGAGAGCGCCCUAAAAGAACUCAGCGAGCGCGUGACCCAGGGCUUGGCUGAAGCGGGUAGAGACCGCGAGGACAUCCGCACGGAGCUGUUGCGGGCGCUGGAGGCGGCCCGUUUCGGGAACAGCUCCUGCGAGCAGUGCCCCGCGUCGUGGCUGCCCUUCCGUGGCUCCUGCUACCUUUUCUCCAUUCCACCUGCCUCGUGGGUCGAGGCGCAGCGCAGCUGCGCCAGCGCUGGCGCGCACCUGGUGAUCGUGAAUGACUUGGACGAGCAGGACUUUGUGAGUCGGAAUGUGAGAGGUCGCGGGUACUGGCUGGGUCUGAGGGCGGUGCGCCGUGCCGAGAAGAUCCAGGGCUACCAGUGGGUGGACGGAGUCCCGCUCAGCUUCAGCCACUGGAACCAGGGGGAGCCCAAUGACGCUCAGGGGCGCGAGGACUGCGUCAUGAUGCUGCGCACGGGGAUGUGGAACGACGCACGGUGUGAAGACAAGGAGAGAGACAGCUGGAUCUGUGAGAAGAGGCAAAUCUGCUGACCCCACCCAGUGCCCCCGAGCCACGCCCUCCACCACACGUGCGUUCUCUGAGCUGCUCCUCCUCAUGGAUCUGCCCACCGCCCCUGAUUUUUUUUUUUUUCCUACCAACCGCCCUGCCCUAGCCAGCCUGGUCCAGUGCCUGCGCUCGGGGACCUCCACUCUAGCUUAACUGCAACCGCUCACACACGGACCUAACCUAGCCUUUACCGGCUCCAAAAUCCGGGCUCCUCGGCCCGUGAUCUGACCCCGCCUCCCUCCCUAGCUAAGGUCAGGUGACUGAGGGGUGGAGCUGUCUAGUUUGCUUGCAUUUCUUCCCAGACUGGAAGACCUCAAAGACAGGGGUUUUGGAAACUGUCUUUGCAGCCCUAGAGAGCAUCCAUAAAAGUUUGAGAAAUGAAUUCUGGCUCCUG